CAGAACUCGGGUAUCUCUUUGUUUCUUCCACUUAAGCCAUCGAUCUCAUUGUUCACAUCAUCGACAUAGUCAUUAGCUAUUGUUAUUCCCACGGGUACGUGAUCAUUGAUUUUCUUUUUAUUCUCCCCCCUCAAGUCUGACAUCUCCUGCGCAUGUCUGGUUAUUUUUCCUACGUAUCGUGUCUGUCUUGUUGCCAAUACCACCUCACCUAUCAAUUUUGCCGCUACUCUGUUUUUCACACCCCCUCUCUCCCCUCUCUCUCCGUCAUUCCCACCAUCGUGUUCCCCUGGAGCCAAUCUGAGGCCAGUGUGCAGACACCGCGUCGGUUGGAUCAUCGCCGUCCUAGCCCAAACGGUGGUUCCUGUCCGGCGUCUUGUUUAGCUUAUCCGGCUGAUGGUCCUUGCUUCGUGGCGGAUUCGCGGAAUCCUUACUGUCUGAGCUUGACACAGCACUUGUGGACUGGACCCUGCCAGAAGGAACAGCCAGAGAGUGGGAGCACCAGUACCAGCACCGGCAGCAGCCUAGCAGGAAGCAGCAGCAGCAGCAGCAGCAGCAGGAGCACCAGCACCAAGAUCCCACGGUGUAGUCUCUCCGCUCUUCCGCAAGACGCACGGUCGUUGUCUCCCAGAAAAUCCCACUUCCCUUCUUCUGUUGCUCUUUUUUAGUUGCGGGAUCCACACCUGACUAUUGCCCUUUCUGCUUAUUUUUCCCUUUUUCUUAUUCUAAUUUCAUCGUGCCUCUUUUUUAUUUUUAUUUUCAUUUCUUUUUCUUUUCCUUAUUUUACCACUUUAAUCUUGCAUUUUUCUUUCUAUUUUACUCUGAUGAUUUUCUUUUCUUGAUUUAUUCCUUUUUCAGUUUCUUCGUUAAUCCCUCUCCCUCUUAACUGUUGGGGGAUUUUGCUGACACCUCUUUCUAUUUUGAUUUUUUGAUUUUUAUUCUUUUUUUAUUCCCUUUUAUUUUCUU